GUCCUCAGAGCAGCAGGCGCCCGGUCAGCGCAGCUCACCCCGCCGCUCCGCAGGGUCCCGAGCAGUGGCUUUUCUCUUCUCCUCCCUCACGCUGUCCUGGACGCACCUUCAGCUCGCCAAGAUGAGACUGAUUGUCGUUGUGGUGGCGUGUUUGUUGACGAAAAAUCUAGCGCUUCCAGUGGGAAAAGCGGGGCAGAGAGAAGAUGUGGUAACACGCUGCCUGGUUGAAGUCCUGUCCAAAGCUCUCUCCAAACCGGACUCUCAGCUGGACCAGGAAUGCAAAGACAUCCUCCGAGCAGGGGUUCAACACUCUCCGCUGGACAAGAAGAGCAUCGAGGUGGCAGCAACUCACGGAGAGACGGCCAACAGUGAUCCUGACGCGCCAAAGGGAGCAGAUGUAAAAGACAUCGAGGCUCUCCUGAAAUCCAUCGAGGAUAAAAGAGAAAUCCCAGAAGACGAGCGCAGCCAAGAAUCCUGGAGUCUCGGAGACGAAAAGGAGAAGAGACACGACAAUCAGGAGGAAGAGGAGCGGGAGAAGAGGAGCAGCUGGAGGGCUGGAAGAUACCACCAGAAGAAGCACAAACGUGGAGAAGAGGAGGAAGACAACGAGCGCAGUCAGGAGAGCUGGGGGCUUGAUGAAAGGAGAUCAGAAGGAGACGGAGGUGAAGAGAGAGAGAAGCGGAGCUGGAGGCCUAGAUACCUACAGAGGAAACCCAAACGAGAUGAGGAACCUUUAGGGGAUGAGCCAGAGGAAGAGCGUAGCCAAGAGUACUGGGACGUGGAAAAAAGGCAUGGGGCCGAGGAUGAGGAGGAACGACAUAAGCGCAUAUGGAAUCCCACACACCGCUACCACCACAAGAAGAAGCUCCACAAGCGCAGCGACGAACCGCCAGAGGAGCAGGACGACGGCGAACGCAGCCAGGAAUCCUGGAGUCUCGACAAGAGGGACUGGAGGGCAGGAAGGUACCACCAGAGGAGACACAAACGGGACGAAGACCUCUCCGAAGAAGCCCGGGAAGAGCCCGAUGAGGAACGCAGCCAGGAAUCCUGGGGUCUCGACAAGAGGGACUGGAGGGCCGGAAGGUACCACCAGAGGAGACACAAACGGGACGAAGACCUCUCCGAAGAGGCCAGGGAAAAGCCUGACGAAGAACGUAGCCAGGAAUCCUGGGGUCUCGACAAGAGGGACUGGAGGGCAGGAAGGUACCACCAGAGGAGACACAAACGGGACGAAGACCUCUCCGAAGAAGCCAGGGAAGAGCCUGACGAAGAACGCAGCCAGGAAUCCUGGGGUCUCGACAAGAGGGACUGGAGGGCCGGAAGGUACCACCAGAGGAGACACAAACGGGAUGAAGACCUCUCCGAAGAAGCCAGGGAAGAGCCUGACGAAGAACGCAGCCAGGAAUCCUGGGGUCUCGACAAGAGGGACUGGAGGGCAGGAAGGUACCACCAGAGGAGACACAAACGGGACGAAGACCUCUCCGAAGAAGCCAGGGAAGAGCCCGAUGAGGAACGUAGCCAGGAGUACUGGGACUUUGAUACUGGAAGGGAAAAGAGAGACUGGAGGGCCGGCAGGUACCACCAGAAGAGACCCAAACGGGACGAAGAUCUCUCUGAAGAAGUGGGCGAGGAGCCCGACGAGGAACGCAGCCAGGAAUCUUGGGGGCUUGACAAACGGGACUGGAGGGCCGGCAGGUUCCACCAGAGGAGACCCAAACGGUACGAAGAGCUCGCAGAGGAGGCGAGAGAUGAGCUGGAAGGGGAACGCAGCCAGGAGGACUGGGGCGUCGACAAGCGACACGGGGCAGAAGAGGCAGGGAUCGAAAAGCGCAUAUGGAAACCGACACAUCGGUACCACCAUAAAAAGAAAUUCCACAAGCGCGGCGGAGGCUCGUCUGAAGAUGACGCUGAACAGGGGGGAGAUUCCAAGGAAACUGAGGACAAGGACGAAGCAAUGAGGUAUCUGGCUGAGAAGCGUAAUCCCUGGAUUUAUAGAGGAUUCUACCAUCCUGCCUGGUACAAAAGGGAUUCAGAUGAGCACUCUGCAACCUCGAACAAGAUGGACGAACUGGCCAAGUUAGUGAGCUAUAAGAUGAACCAGCUGGCCCACCUCUCGAACCAAGAGGAGCCCAAGAGGAGCAUGCACCAGAGACCACUGACCCUGCAGGAGGGGAAAGAGCUGGAAAACCUCGCAGCAAUGGACACGGAGCUGCAGAAGAUCGCUGCCAAGUUGCAUGACAACACAAGUGCUUGAAACAGAACGCAGAGCUUCUUCAAAACGGACCAGCGGAGAAGAGCUGCGUCUUACUGUAUGUCAGCUAAUUUAGCACGCUUACAGUGAUAAAAGAAAAAAAAAUCUGGAGCCAAAAAAGCAGCUUGUUUAUCAGUGUAUUUGUGAUAUUUUGGUGUUCUCAAAUUACUCAGCAUGGAAAUGGUUUUGAUGUUAACAUAUAAAUAUAUAAUAUGGACAAAUGUGAGAUUGCAAAAAUAUGCAUCUGAGAUGAACGAUUCAAAUCAUCGUGUUCUGAAGAGUUUGAUCAGUCUGCACUCAAUAAAAAUAAAUUAUUCUGGGACCAAACAAA